GCAUACUAUAAAACACAGUGAUACUGCAUGGAAAGCCAUUUUAGCUUUUAUACACAGUGUGGCAAAUGGUUUACAUGGCUCAUGGGUCAGGUAGGAGGAUCCCUUAUAGCAGAAUUUUGCUUAGGGCCCCAGGGAGGUCAGGAUCAGCUCUGGUGUCUCACACACACACACACACACACACAAGGAAUUAUGUUUGUUAAAACAUAAAUACAAAAUAAUCUAGAUAUAUUUCUGUUUUGUUUUUUUCCCCUCCACAGCAUGAUAACCCCACAUUUGUGUUUAGGAAGCCCCUCUGCCCCUGUAGUGGGGUGGUGGGCGUUGUCUAACCUCCGAACGCCAGGGGUGUAGCCGUGCGUGCUUUGUUAUUGGUUACUGAGGACCCCCUUUGAUUGGACGCAGCUCUGUUCGUCCUACUCGCGGGUCUCCCCCACAUUUAUUCGGGCCUACGGUUGGACGUGAUCACGUGAUCCGCUGAAUGCGUACGCGCCGGGGCCAGCAGUGAAGAUGGCGGACGAGAGCGCAGACGGGGAUUUGGAGCGGAGUGGCCAAGGCUGGGCGGGCGAGGACACGUUUUACGCUAUGGAGAGUUUACAGGCGACGUUGCAGCACCUCGAGGCCGCCCUAAGGCAGCGGGACAUCUCGGAGGCCUCGUCCACCGAGUACUGCGACAACUUCUGUGAGGCUCUUGCGCACUAUGCCGGGAGCCGGAACUCUGUAGAGCACGGACUCACGCUGCUGGAGGUCUACUGUCUGUCCAUCAACUGCUUUGCUUCAGCGAGGCCACACCUGACUGCCAGUUCAUCCAGCGUGGCACUCGUGCUGAAGAGACUUGCGCUGAGCUGCUUUGAAUUGCUUCUGUCCGUACCUCAGAAUGACAUCCCACUUGAAGCUUGGCUACAGUUUCAUGGCUCCGUUCAGGCGGCGCAUGAAGCUAUGCUGGAGUACGGGAGCACUGACUUACAGGCACUGGUGCAGAUCACUGGAGAGGGCGGGGCAUGGAGUAACCCCUCCCUCAUCACGCUCCUCACCGAGCAGCCCACAGAAGAUGAUGAAUUGAAUGCCUACCUGGGUCUGGAGGGAGGAGACUUUUUGGAGAUGAGGAUCAAGCAUCUGGAGAAAGUAGGAGAGGUUGAGAAGGCUCUAAUCCUUACUAAAGCCUGUGCCAACUGCAGCAUGUUACCCAAUCAGGCCACCUUUCGCCAAACUUAUGUUACACAGCUCUGUCAGCAACUGCCCAGUGAGGAGGCCAUUCUAGAGAUUUCCAGAUUGGAUGGCAAGGAUGUUUUGGACAUCAUUUGCAAUAUGGAGACAGAAGGUGAUGAGAACACAGCCUUCAUCCUUUGCACCACCUACUUGACACAACAGCUGCAGAAAGGAAGCCUUUACUGCUCCUGGGAGUUGACACUCUUUUGGAGUAAGCUGCAGAGGAGGCUUGACGGUUCUUUUAAAUCGUUCCUAGAACGUUGCCUCCAGUUUGGAACCAUAGCAAAGACUGUCUACCAUCUGCUGUACCUUAUUCGAGUAAUUCAGACUGAGUACCAGGUAAUGCAUCCUGGUCUGGCAGUAUCUGUUGAACUUUGUGUGAAAGCCCUUCAGCUUCCAAGGCAAGAGUAUCCAGAAACCAAAACCAGUGUCUGCAAAACUGUGGCUUGUCUUCUCUUGGAUGAUUUAGAGGUGUUGCGAGCAUCCCAGCUUACAGAAUUCUUUUUAAGCCCAUCUCCAGAGGUGUUUGCUGGUCUGGAGGAUCUUUACAAGCGGCCCGAUCAGAAGUACGAUGAGGAGAACGCUAUAAUCCCAAAUUCACUACGCUGUGAACUACUGCUUGCACUCAAAGCCCUCUGGCCAUGUGACCCAGAGUUCUGGGACUGGAAGACUUUAAAGCACUACUGUAUGAAGUUGCUUGGGCUGGAACCUGAUGAAGACGACGGUCCUGUGUUGGAACAUGCCCACGGUGUGCAAACUGGGGUGAACAGAGAGGAGGAAGAAGAAAAGCAUGAGGAUGAAAAAUGCAGCAGCUCUGAAGAGAAGAAUGAGCAGCACAAGGAAGAUGAGGGGAUGUUGCAACAGAAAAGCUCAAAAAUGCUUCACUGGACUUCGGAUAGAUCCAAAAGGUGGCUUCAGUACAAAGUACGUUGUGAGUUAUGCCAGAAGGAGGUGAUUGAGUCACGGUUGUGCCACCAUGCAAGAAAGCAUGUGGAGAACGGCGUGUGGACGUGUCCUGUAUGCCUGCAAAAAUGCACAAACCGAGACGAGUUUGUGUCACAUUCCAAAACACACCUCCAAAUGCCUGCAUACCAUUUGAAAAGGAAGAAAGUUAAAAAUAAGAUGAAAAGCGAGCCAAAGUCGGAAACUAGUGAAUAUGACUUGGAACCUGGUGAGAUACACUUCGACACGUCCUCUGGUGUCAUAGAGCAUGUAUUGGAGCCAACUGCCACCGUGCCUAAUAUGGAAGCAGGUGACGAUUAUAUCACGUUUGAUUACAUCAAUAUUCACUAUAAGUUACAAGAUCGUGAGGUUUAUGUAUGCCCUGCUACUGACUGUUCAAAACAUUUCAAACUUUUCAAGUACUUGGGUGUUCACUUGAAGAAUGAUCACGAUGAUGCCGACCCAAAUGUCAGACAUUACUUUGAGAUGAGCAAUCGUCGAGAGAAAUGCACGUUCUGUCGGCGGACGUUUAUAACGGCCUACCACAACCAGAUGCACCGGCGCACACAUUACGGAGAUUGUCCUUACGCGUGCGUAGUUGCGGGUUGCGAUUCUCGUUUUGAAACAAUCAACAAACUCAUCAUGCACAAGCACAAACAUGGCUUUCGCCUGUCCUACCACUGCGAACUAAAAGGUUGUAGCCUCUCCUUUUGUGACCUGGGUCAGCUGUACCACCAUGAGGCUCAACACUACCGAGAUGCAGCGUACACCUGCACCAGCCCAGGCUGCAAGAAGUUUUACUACUCCCGUCAGGAAUUUCUGAAGCAUAUAAGCACCCAUGGUAUCACCUUUACAGAAAAGGACUUUGAAGCCCAGAGGAAAGCUAGAAGGAAACUUUUGUUGCCUGUUCUAAAGGAGGAUGAUUCCUCUUCUGAUCCAAAGGAUACUUUUGAGCAAUGUUUAAAUGGUGAACAAACAAACCUGUCCUCACCAGAACACCUGGAAAGCAAAGACUCAAAGUGUGCAUUGACUUGUGUAGCUGUAUGUUUUGAUGGUAAAAAAUUUACAUGUGGCUUAGAAAAAUGUGGAAGGACAUUCAGCAACGCCAGAGAGAUCCAAAAGCACUUGAAAAUCGUCCAUCCCGGCCAGUUUAAAAACGAAAAUAUCGUAUGCAAAGCAAUGGAAAAUGAAACGCACUCAAAGGCUAAACCUGUGAAAGAGAAUAAUGGUCAAGAUCAAGGUCCUACAAAAGGAUCUGGUGAAGAACCGCCAACAGAUUCUGCACUGUGUGAUACAACACCUUUAGCACUUAGUAGUCCUACUUGUCACUCCGAACUGGCUGGUGCAUUGGCUGAAAUUGUGCUUGGGCUUAAUCAGUUAAGUUUGAAUUCUACCACACCUACGAAAAUAAACAGUAGUUCACAUGCUUCAGGAUCUAAAGUGCUACAGGUGACCUGUCCUAAAACUGUGAAUGCUAUCUCGCAAACCAAAGUAACAGAAAGCAAAACUGAGUCAUGGUCUCCCCAAGCAACUGCUGAUCUAGCGAGACAGCAGUCGAAGUCUCAACCACCUCACAAGGCAGAAUCGGCACCAACUUUGUCGAAGAAUCCCUAUAUUAAUUUCAUUAAAUCAGAAAACAACCUGCACAUAAGCAAACCUUUCACUUGUGAAGUUGAAGGCUGCAUCUAUGGAAGUGUUACUAGCCAUGCAUUGAUGCAGCACUAUAUCAAAAAGCACAAUUAUAACGACGAGAAGGUGAAACGGAUGGACAUUUUCAACCCACUCAAGUUUAAGCCUUUUAAAUGCAACCUUUGUUCUAGGGAUUACAAAGAAAAGAAAGAGUUGAAGGCCCAUUUGCUGCAGAAACAUAAUUUGAGCAAGGACGUGGCAGAGCAAAUUCUGUGCUCUUUUGCUAGGAAGGUGGGUGAUUCUCUACCUUUUGCUCUGAAGACACUGGAGGUUCAAACUGACCAAAAGGAAGUGCCUACUGGGAAGAACUGCCUUCUGAACGCAGACCACUGUGUAUGGAAAGGCACUGCCGAGACAAAUAAUGGUGCAGUUAUGUCUGAACACAAGAGUUUGAAGGGUAACCUUUCAACAUCACAGAAAGGCACCUCCGAGACUAAACCAGACCUAGAUGAAGCCUCGAUGAACAGGAGGGUUAGUAAAAGAUUGAUGACGAAAGUAAAACCAGACGAAGACAAACCGUAUUUGUGUUUACAUAAGGGCUGUGGUGCUGGCUUCACAAAGAAGUUCAACCUUCUCCGCCACCUACAGGUUGUACAUUACCACCGCUCCAAUCUUUGUUGGCAGAAGACUUUUACUUGUAAGCAUGAUGAGUGUAAUAAGCUGUUUAAUCAUCUAUCCAGUCUGAACAGACAUUACCACAAAAGCCAUCCGGUAUCGGAGGAUCCCAUUCCAAGAUUCAAGUGUACCUAUCCCAAAUGCAGUGCAACCUACCACCUAAAGAGCAGUCUUGUCCGCCACACCAAUCUAAUGCAUCAGAAUCAGAUUCCACGGAAUUCCACGACUCCAGCUUCAAUCUGCAAAUUCAAAGGGGUCUAUAGGCGCUGUGACAAAACCGAUCCCCUUGUGGUGCUUUUACAAAGUACACACAAGAGAGAGAGGUCAAAUAGUGGCUGCCAAAAAAAACUGAUCAUCACAUCCGGUUCUCAGUCUCUGAAUGUCCCACAAUUAAGAUGCUCCCCUAAAGCUGAAGAGAAUGGUGUGCAUGCUGAGGAAACCCUAGAGGAAGAACAAGAUGUCAAAUGCUUAAAGCCAAAGACAAAAAAGGUCGGGUUUGCAUACCGAACACCCGAAGAGGCUUUGCAGAUGUGCCAAGACCGCUGCUUAUCAGAGGCUUAUCCAUGCAUGGUACAGAGCUGCAAUUCUGUGGUAUCUAGCAAACGGAGCCUGCACCGACAUUACAAAAUGUGUCACAAAAUGCUUUGUGCCAAGCUGACCAAAAACAAAGACACGUUAUUUUAUACUGCUGAGCAACUAGAGGAACUGAUACAAAAGAAAUCGACGGUAUCUGCAUUGCCAGAUUCAGACAGGGCUCCUAAUGGGGUCCUCAAAAUGGAGUAUCAAGCCGAGAACUCUGGGGCGCCACGCCAUCCCAUGAGCCUCCAUUCUAUCAAAAGUGAACAAAUGAAACAUGAGGCAUCUCCCUCAAGGGAUCCACCUCCAGAUUGCAGCCUAAUUAUCGGUGCAGAUGAUGUGCUUUAUGGGGAGUCUAAUGGCCAUGCUGAAAAGCUUGGUGACACUGAGGACCAAACUCGGGUGGAGCGAACAAAAACCGACUCCCCUGCCCCUCCUCUUGUGCCCCCUCCACCUCUUGACCUUUCUCCACCAUCUACACUUAGAAUAAACGUCAACCAUGCUUCCCUGGAUCCUUUAAACCGAGAGAGCAAGGCUGUUAGUGUUCCUGCUACCAUCUAUAUACACACAAAUGCUUCUUUGACACGUCAGCCCCUAAGGGGGAAAAAUUCUGAACUCUCUGAGCCAUUACCUACAGCACCUCAUCCACUGUCUCAAAAAGAUGGUAUGGUACCCAAUCUAGGUCAAAGACCAUUCGACAUGGCGGCUUAUAAGCCACUGGGGUUUGAGUCUUCCUUUUUGAAAUUCAUACAGGAGAAGGAAGAGAACUCUCAGUUUGACCCACUGAGGACGGUGGCGGUCCUGAACCCCUGCUAUAAAUCCGAUGCUUCUCGCCGACAUGGUUCCUUUCGGCACAAUUACUCUGUCAAGGAGAACAACUUGAGACGAUCCAGCAUCAGCCACACUCGGAUGUCGCACUUGUCUCCCCUUGAGUCCUUGCUUUCCACAGAAGAAUGUAGUUCUAUCCAAAACCUCCGUUUUAUCUUGGAAAGGGCCUUAAUGGGCUGUGGUGACCAGGCAAUAAAGCAGCUUCAGUUCCUCAAGCCUGUGGUGGUCCUGGAAAGACCCAAGUCAACUGCUCCCCUUCUUGAUCUUCUUCCCUCUGAAACACAAGCAUAAACCGUGCAAACUGCUACUUAGGAUUAUGUAGAGAUUUCACAUCAUGUUUAGUUUCCUUUUGUUUUUGGUGAUUCAGAAUACUUCCACCAGUAUUUUUUAAGUAUCAUUAUUACCACUUGGUAACAACCUGCCAAGGUGACGUACCUUGAUUUCCUUAUCAGUCACAUGUUUAUAUGUAUCAGAAAGAGCAAAUAAAAAAAAAUCUGGGAA